AUGUUGAUAAAAGUGCAAUUUGAAGGCAAGAAGAAGUAUAUUAAACUGAAAGAAGUCUCUUUCUUGGAUUUUCACAGUGCAGUCCAGCAGAAGUUUCUUAUACCAGAGGAUACAACAUUGAAAGUCACAGAUGACCAUGGCAUAGAAGUGGAUGAGGAUGUAUUUCCAGAACUUGUGACAAACAAAGAAAUGUGUUUUAUCAUCCACACUGAUGAUGAACUUCCAUUUGCUGAAACAUCAAAGGGCUCUACAGACUUCUCAGACCUGACAGAGUUUGGUGCCUCUUCCAAUCAGACAGAAUAUGUUACUGUCACUACUUGUGAUCUGACUGUUCUGCAGCAAGGGGUCGUUGAAGUACCCUCCUCCCCAAGUUUGACCGAUACGUUGUCUGUGUCAAGCAGUUUAAGCAGCAGUGAUUCUGGAUCUCAAAUAAUUCAACCUUUAUUGGACAGUGUCCAUGCAAGAAAUAAUAUCAUGCAAAUUCUAUCUUCAAAGCCUGCAGGGCUGACUGUGAUUAAAGAGUAUGAAGAGACUGGGAGCUUAAAAGAUUCUACAAGACGGUUAAUGGUGAACAUAAUUGUAGCUCACAUGCGUGAAAAGGAAGGAAGAGCUGUUAGUAAAGGAGCAAAAGAGUUUCAUGCCUUUGGUAUUGUGUCACUGUUCCCAACCUUAAAAGACCCAUACUCUAAGAAAGGAUAUGAACAUUUCUAUGACAUUCAGAGUAACACUGGCUUUCUUGAGUGGCGCAUGAAGACUGUGCAGCGUAAAUCCAGAACCUCCUCUACCUCACAGAGCAGAGUGGAGCUAAAAGGAGGUCCCACAUUAUUAAGAACAGUUGGAGCUCUAGAUGACCAGCGAAUGGGAGAUGAAUGCAUGGAAGCUAUGUCACUCCUCCAUCACACAACUGAUCAUGACACUGUGUUCAAGAAGAUGAAAGAAACUUUCCACUACCGUCAACAGAUUCUCCAUGACCCUCAGCGCUCAGCUGAUGUACUACAAAUGUUCCCGCGUUUCUUGGAUGUCAAAGGACUGAUUUCGCAAGACUUCUCAUUGAUGUUUGGAGUAGAGGUUGCUUCAAGAUUCUUGGAAAAAUGGAGCACCAGUUUUAAAGAAAAAGUCAUCCAGGAGGCCAGGAAACUUAAAGAGACUGCUCUACUAAAACGGCAUUUGAAAGCUGCUCUGAAGGAGGAUUCUGACACAACUGAUGAUCCAGAAUAGGACAGCGACAUGGCUUCUCUAUUCAUCCUGCUGCAUCUACUUACUCCACAACCAGCUGGAAGAAAGCGGCCCAAGAAGAUCAGUGUUGAAGAGGCAACAACUCAUCUGGUCAAAUUUUAUAAGUCAUGCCAAAGCCUAGAUGAUCAUCUCCUGACCACUGAAGGAAACCCUCAGCCGUAUCUUCUUGCCUCAGGGACAUCAAAAGCACAGGUUUCCACCUUCUACAUUGUCAUGGACAGAAAAAUUCUGCCUUGUCAAUCAUGCACAUCCUUGGGUGCAUUUGACGAGUUGUUCAAAUCUCAUUUUGUUUUCGGUGUGAAAUAUGAUGAUGCUCUGUCCAGCCUGUACACAUUUGUGCAGACAACUGUGUACAAUAUCGAUAUAGGCACAACUGAGAAAACUCCAAAAGUCAAAGAGCUUAGAGCAAGGCUUCUGAACAAGCACUAAUUUUAUUUUUUUGACCAAAAUGUCAAAAUGUAUGAACAUCAUAAACUCUUUAAGGAACUGUACCCAUCAAACAACUUGCUUCCAAAACACCAUUUUAUGGUGCAUUACCCAAGGUGUAUUAGAAAGGUCGGGCCACUCAUUCAUAUCUGGACCAUAAGAUUUGAGGCAAAACACAAAUUUUUUAAAGAUUCUGUGAAGAACUUCAAAAAUUUGACUGUUUCGCUUGCAAAUAAACACCAGUUUUCAGUAAAAUAACCUCAAUCAUUUUACAUAAUGGUGAAGUGUUUUUUGUUUUGAUUGAGCAUGAAACAUGUUUCCAUAAUCACUUCCAUGCUUUUCAAGUGAGUGAAAACCUUCCAAGAAAGGUACUUGUUGUAGAAAGGGAAAGAUUAAGACAUUUCAAAUCUUUUGAUUCCCAAAUGUCAUAUGGUUGUGAUUCACAAUUUUAUGUUUUGUCAGAGAGUUGUAUUAUAUGAUUUGUUAUUGAAAUGUGUUCACUGCGAAGUUCUUGUUACUUCAUCUGAUGUAUAUGUGUCUACCUCAGGUUACACAAUCCUGUAGUAUUUUGUUUUUAUAUAAUUCUGCAAACUUGAUUUUAUAAAAUGCAGUGAUGUGCUGACAGGGUUUUAUACAGGUUUACUUUCUAGUUUUUACUCUGUUAACAUUAAAUAUAUUGCUGUUAGAUUGUAUUUUCUAAUGGUAAUUAAUUUCAAAGUUUGUCCAUGCAUGUAACUUUUAAAAGUAAUGUAUGGAUUUGUUUAAAUAAAAGCUUUACGUGAAGA